UCUGGGCCUCCAAAUCAGACCCACAGUGGUGGUUUCAGGUUUCAAAGAGAACACACUCUGUAGUUCCAUUUUCUGCUGAGAUAUACAAACUUGUUUCCACCAAACCACCGAUACAAUUUCGCCGCCGAUGGGUCUCACGAAGGAACAGUUACUUCAGCGGUUACAGGAGCUUCAGAUUCAAUUUUCCAAGUAUGAACAUCCAGCUGUUUUGACCGUUGAAGCUCAGGCAAAAUAUGUUGGAAAUUUGGGCGGUGGUCUCAGUAAAAAUCUCUUUUUGAAGGACAAGAAAAAUAGGUUUUACGUUGUUUCUGCUUUAGCUGAUACCAAAGUCGAUCUGAAAGUGUUAUCUCAGCGGCUUGGUUUGGGAAAAGGUGGUUUGAGAAUGGCACCCGAAGAGGCUUUAGCUGAAAUACUUCAGGUAUCUUUGGGUUGUGUCACACCAUUUGCAGUAGUGAAUGAAUCAGCACGAGAUGUGUCGCUGCUAUUAGAUCAAGGAUUCAAGACACAGGAGCACUGUUUCUUCCAUCCAUUGUCAAAUGACAUGUCCAUAUCUCUAAAUGUACGUGAUCUUGACACAUUUCUUAAAUCAAUAGGAAGAGAUCCCUCAUAUGUUGAUUUGGAGGCCAAUCCUGCAGUGGGGAAAGAUCAACCCCCUGAUCUAGCAGCACUAGUUCCAUCUGGUUCAAUAGUUUUGCCUGAUCAACCAGGAAAGCAGUCAUCUGCAGAAGUUCCUCCCAGGGAUGGAAACAUUGUUUCUGUAGAUAAUAAGUCCAAGACAGUUCCAGCCAAAGUUGUCAAGCCACUGGUUGGGAAUAAUUCGAAAGGAACACUCGACAAAAAUGUUCAGUCAUCAAGAUCCUAUGCAGAUGUUGGCCAAUUAGUUGAAGAAAUAUUGCAUAAAACAUCAAAAUUAUUGCUUUCAGAGAUCAAUGAAGAAACUAUAAAGAUUCAUGGAGAGCAGCUGGGUACUACGGUAUCUGACAAAUUACAGAAACACCUCAGCUCAGAUUUUAAAAAUCUUGCUAUGAUGUUUAAGAACACUGCAUAUACAGAAGGGUUCCAUGCUGGUACUCACCAUCAGCCUAGACGCUGAUGAAGUUCCCGUAUACAUAAGAUUUAUUGGUAGGAAUGCAAAUGAGGGAUUGAAAUUUUAACUGUUUGUUCAAUGUUCCGAUUUUGAUGACACUGUGCAUUAAUUGGCAUUAAUUGGAUGUUCAUGCGCAAAAUGUUUGAUAACUAACAUGAUUUUAAACAAUUUGACAUGAACAAAAUAGAAAUGAUACUGUGUAAAACCACUUCCCAUGCAUUAUUAUAUAUUACUAUAGUUAUUGA